UCGAGAACGAGAAUGACUUGACGUUUUGUUUGUCAUGAAAACCGAACCGCACGUAUUUGAAUCGAGAGAGGCUCGCUGACAACAGACGUUUACCGGCUUUCCGCAAUUUGGUUUUGCUACUUCGCAAAUAUAUACACCGUAAUUCGACAUGGCUUGGGUGCCGUUAGAAUCGAAUCCAGAGGUUAUGACGAAGUUCCUCCACAAGUUGGGCGUUCCAAAGAAAUGGUCGAUCAUAGACGUGUACGGUUUAGACUCUGAUUUGUUAGCGAUUGUUCCUAGGCCCGUUCUUGCCGUUAUUUUGCUCUAUCCUAUCCCCACAAAGACCGAGAAGAUUGAGGAAGGUAAAAGCAGCAAGAGCGAUACUCCAGAUUCUGUUUAUCACAUGAAGCAGUCUAUUCCAAAUGCGUGCGGAACAAUCGCACUGAUCCAUGGCGUGGCUAAUAAUUUGGACACCUUACAACUGGAGGAUGGUUUUCUGAAAAAGUUCUUGGAUGAAACUAAGGAGCUCUCCUACAACGAACGUGGCGAACGCUUGGAAAAUGCGCAAGAGAUUAUUGACACUCACAUGGAAUCUGCCCACGAAGGACAGACUGAAGCACCAUCUGAGGAUAUGGAGGUGUACCAUCACUUCAUCGCGUUUGUACACAAGGAUGGUUACCUGUAUGAGUUAGAUGGUCGAAAAUUGACCCCGAUCAAUCACGGUUCAACCACACCGGAUACACUGCUGGACGAUGCCGCCCGCGUGUGCAAGGAAUACAUGGCGCGCGAUCCGAACGAAGUGCGUUUCACGGUGGUCGCGCUCGCUAGCAGCGAAUGAACUUCGACCCUGUCCACAAGGGCAACCGUUUUUAAUUGAUUCUUAACUUUCUUCUUAAAGUUCACGAGUUCUCGGGUAUAAUUUAUUUUCCUUACAUAAUUUAUCUAUUAUUUACUUACAUAUAAUUUAUGUGUUGUGUAUUUUACUUUUCGGCAAUCUCAUUUAAGUUUCCUUUCUUUUUUUAAUUAUAAUCUUGACAGCUUUUGAAGUGUAGCAUCGUCAAUGAAAGAUGUUUAUACACGCAGUUGUUCGUUGC